UGACUCCGUGAUCUUUUCGAGAUUUUCUAGAUGCGUAUACAAUGAUACCGAAUGAUAUUUGAGUGAUCUUCGGUUCCACAAGGCCGGGUACAUGGAGAAGUUGACUUUCCAUCAUCCCCAUCUUGCCUCACAUUCCAUUACCGAUGCGGGGUCAGACUCACAUCACUCAUAACAGCGGGGUACUAUAGCGCAUCAAAAAUGAUGUAUAAGCCGCAAUACCCUACUCACAUGCUUCUUGCAUAUUCGAAUCUCCAUUCCGUAGGUAUUGUGAAAACAUCAUGGCAGCGAUCCAAGCUCAGCUCGACUCCGGAGCAGUACCCGGCCACAUUUCAAACGUCUGCCCUCGAGGAACAAAACUCUGGCUCUUAGAAUGUGGAUGGCUAGCCUGCGAUGAAGCCUUUGUCAUCCGCGGCGCAAACACCUCUCUCGGCUCCACAGCUGGCCAGUCGUUCGAGAACAAGCGUCGUAAUCUCCCAGUAUACUGUUGCUUGAUCUCACACCCUCACGAAGGAUUGAUCCUCUGGGAGACUGGAUGUGGAAAGGAUUAUCCGGAAGUCUGGGGCCCGCAAGUGUCUGAUGUCUUUACAAGAGUCAAGUAUGAUGAGAAGCAUGAAUUGAGAAAUGCAAUUGCGGCGACCGGAAACAAGAUUGAGGAUAUCAAGAAGGUCAUCAUUGGACAUCUUCAUCUUGAUCAUGCUGGUGGUCUUGACGAGUUCUUCGGUCGUCAGGAUGUCGAGGUGUGGGUGCAUGACAAGGAGCUGAAAAGCGCUUUCUGGAGCGUGGCAACCGGUGCAGACGCUGGCGUCUACCUCAAGCACUACCUCAACCUGGAUUUGAACUGGAAGACUUUCGACGACAGGACUAUCGACUUUUGUCAGGGAAUCACACUGCACCACUUGCCUGGACAUACCGAUGGGUUGAUCGGCAUGCAGAUCAACUUGCCAGACAGUGGUACUUUCUUCUUCAUCUCUGACCAUUGCCACGUCAUCGAGAACUGGCGGGAUGGUAUCCCUCAAGGUUGGCUUGCUCGUGACCAUCCCGCAUGGUUCCAGAGUACGCAGCGGCUGAAGCGCUUGGAGAGAACGACUCGAGGCAGAGUGAUUCCUGGACACGACGAAGAGACGUUCCUGGCACUGCAGAAAGAGAAGGAUGUAUUCACCUGAUUCAAUGAUCAUGUGGCUCGCUAUUGUAAUGAUUAACGUUGUACGUAACUUGGGCAGAGAACUAUGAGUGUAGUUGGUUGGCAAAUGAGUACUUUUGACAUUUGGUGUGAUCUCUAAAUGUAUGUGUGACAAGUUCGGAAGGUACCUGACCCUUCGAAAGUUGUAACCUUGCAGGUUUCAUUCUAUCUCAGGCCAGCGAGUCUACGUUGCUGUACUUCACAGAGGGCUUUGCUGCCACUGAGGAAGGUCACAGUGCCGAUGAGACCAGCGGGAGGUAGAAUUUGGAAGAGAGUCCAAGAAGAGUAGUAUAGGAAGAAGAGGAAUUCCAUGGCUACGAUGCUGCCGAAGAACAGAGCGUGAGAG